UCGAGAUCUACUUCUCCCAAGCGUCAACAUGGCAACACCCGCCCCCCCUCAGCCGCCGCUGCGAAUUGGCACCCGCAGGUCCAAUCUCGCCAUGGUCCAGGCCGAGCAGAUCCGCAACAGCCUACAGAAGAUCGCGCCGGAUCGCUCCUUUGAGAUCGAGGCGCUGCGCACUCUCGGGGACAAGGACCAGACCAAGGCGCUCUACAACUUUGACGCCAAGAGCCUGUGGACGGCCGAACUGGAGGACAUGCUCGUCUCGGGGCAAUUGGAUCUCAUCGUACAUUGUCUCAAAGACAUGCCCACCACUCUGCCCGACUCGUGCGAAUUAGGCGCUAUUCCUAUGCGUGAUGAUCCGCGCGAUGCUCUGGUCGUCAAGGCUGGCUUGCCAUAUACCAGCUUACAGACGCUGCCCGAAGGCGCUGUCGUUGGUACCUCGUCGGUGCGGCGCUCUGCGCAGCUUCGCCGUCUGUACCCUCAUCUUCGCUUUGCCAACCUGCGUGGCAACGUGGAGACACGUCUGGCCAAGGUGGACAGUGCCGAGGGCGAGUACGCCUGCAUGGUCAUGUCUGCGGCCGGCCUCCAGCGCAUCGGGCUCACGCACCGCAUCAGUCAGUACCUGGGUUCCAAGGACGGCGGUAUCUUGCAUGCAGUCGGCCAGGGAGCGCUCGGCCUGGAGAUCCGCAAGGGCGACGUCAAGACGCGGGAGUUGCUGAACCAGCUCGUCGACCGGCCUUCGACUCUGGCUUGUCUUGCCGAACGGAGUCUUAUGCGCACUCUGGAAGGCGGCUGCAGCGUCCCAAUUGGCGUCGAGACGGAGUGGCUUGGCGAUUCCAAGGACCGACUCAGGAUGAGGGCAAUAGUCGUCAGCCUUGAUGGUUCCCGAAGCGUUGAAGAUGUCAUUGAUGCAAAAGUGCAGACCGAUAAUGAAGCCGCAGAAUUUGGCCAGGCACUCGCUGCAAAGUUGCUCGAGGCCGGGGCUGAUGCAAUUCUAAAGGAUAUCAAUGCUAAUAGGCCGGCCAAAAACUGAAGAUAGACCUACCGCUUCUCAAUACAACAUGGACGGCAGAAAAUAAGUCCA